UAUAUUCGAUAAAAAUAUUUAAAUCACUAUUAUGAAUUGCAUCUUUCAUAAACAUAUAUUACACGUCUAAAAUCUUGUUUUAAUCUUACGAAAAUAUCUUGAUUGUGCUAGUGCAAUUAUUGGCUGUUCAUUGCAUCAAUGGUAUGAAAGUUCAAUAAAAAAAAUAUAUGGAUAUGUUACUUAAUAGUAUAUGAUAUGUGAUUAUUACAAUCAUAUACUAUUUAAUUAUUAGCUAUGAUAUAAUUGUAAUAAAUAAUAAAAAUUAAAAUUAUCUAUAUUGAAGAUUAAACGAUAUUUUUUAAUAUUAAUUUCAUUCAGUACAAAAUGAUAUUAAGUGUUCUUAAACAGUUUACAACAUAUUAUCGAUGUCCGCUAUUUAACAAAGGAAUAAGAUUUUAUGGUAUAUAUGAACCACCAUAUCUAAAGAAAAAAGAAUAUGAAAUACCAAUUUAUCCUGUUUUAAAUAUACAAAUUAAAGGAUAUAAAUAUUCUCUACUUGAAAGUUAUCAAAGUUUUAUUCAUAAAAUAAUAAAAGUAUUUGAUAUUACUAUUGAUGACAGUUUUGCCUUUCCUCAUAAAGAAUUUAAAAUAAAAAAAUUUAAAAAAAAUAGUUCAAUAAUUGAUGCUGAAUAUCAUUUAAAAAUUUAUGAGAGAGAUAUACAAAUAUCAAAUGUAUCAUCUACAAUAUGUCCUAUUUUUAUUAGGAUAUUAGAAGCAACAUUACCUGAAGGUGUUUCAUUAUCUAUACAUGAAUAUGAUCCAAUUCUAAAAAAGAAAUGUGCAAUUCCAAAUAAGGAAUUGCUUGAUCUCAAAGCAGAAUUACAAGAAAUGAUAAAAGAUAGAACAAAAUAAGAUUAAUAAUAAAAAAUUUACUAUUGAUAUAGAUAGAUAAAAGAAUUUCAUAAUUCAUGUAAUAAGAUAUAAACAUUUUAAUAA